AUGGGGUUUAGCGAGAGAUUCAUAGGGCUUGUGUUUGUAAUUGUCUCAAACAAUUGGUAUUCAGUACUCAUAAAUGGACAACCUCAUGGUUUUUUCAAAUCAACUGGAGGUGUCAAGCAAGGGGAUCCAGUCUCACUGACUUUAUUCAUUUUGGCUGUUGAAGCAUUGUCCAGGGGCUUAAAUGCUUUGCAUUUGAAUCCAUAUUUUUGUGGAUUUGGAUUAUCUAAGUGGAGUCCUAAAAUCAAUCACUUAUCAUAUGCGGAUGAUACCAUUAUCUUCUCCUCUUCAUGCACUAUUUCUUUACAAUUGGUGAUGGAGGUCUUGAGAGCAUAUGAAGCUGCAUACGGACAGUUGGUGAAUAAGAGUAAAUCAUCCAUUUAUAUGCAUCAUUCUGCUAGCAUGGAGGUAAUUACAAAGGUGGAAAGGAUCACUGGAAUUGAUAGACAGGAAUUUCCAUUUACGUAUUUAGGAUGUCUUAUCUUUUACGCUAGGAGGAAGAUGGAUUACUAUAAAGGAUUGAUCACUAAAGUGAUGGAUAAAAUGCAAACAUGGAAGGGUAAAUUGUUAUCCAUAGGUGGUCGAGCAGUGUUGAUCUUUCAUGUGCUUCAAAGCAUGCCCAUUCAUUUACUAUCAGCAGUUAAUCCUCCAAAUAAUGUCAUCAACAAAUUGCAUAAGAUUUUUGCUCAAUUCUUCUGGAGCAGUUCUAUAGGUGGCAGUAGUAGACAUUGGGGUUCAUGGAAUAAUUUGUGCAUGCCAUGUGAUGAGGGGGGCAUUGAUUUUAGAUCUUUGCAUGAUGUUUAA